AUGUCCUCCCCCCGAAUCCAAACCUUCCUCGAAGCUAUCACCUUCCUCGGCCCGGACACCCACCAACAAACCAGCCCCUGGAGCUCCGCCUACAAGCACCACGCGCGAGAUCUCGCGCCCCUCCUUCCCAAACUGCCCCUACCCUCGGACGAUGGCGUUCUCGAAUCACUAGUGAAAUUCACCGCAUCCUUCCACCGCGUCUCCUCGGCCACGGCCAAAAAAUGGCUCUCGCAAGACCCCUCAGACCUGCAAACCCUCCCCCCGCACGCGUUAAAGAACUUGAAGGCCGAGGCAGCCCGCAGCAACGCCCUCCGCCGCGCCGCCCACUCCCUCCUCGUCUCGCGCUACCUCGCGCGCGACACCGCGCCCACCAGCCCGGAACAAGCGCUGAAAUUCCUCAUGGCCCGGAGCCCAGACACCUCGCUCCCACUCUACGCGACGCCCGAUCUCGUGGGCAUCGCGGUCGAUAUGUUCCGGCGCACGCCGGCGGGGAGGAGUCUCAGGAAGGUGGUUGCGGAGCUGGUGGAGGAGAUGAUUAAGUUCCCCGGCCGGGAUCUGAUGGAGGAUGCGCAGACGGUGCUGGAGGGGCUUGCGGGGAGGGCAGUGGAGAGGGGGUACGGGAUGUUUUUGGAGGUGGGGAGGUAUGUGAAGCAUGGACCGCAUAUGCUGGCGGUGGUGUUGGUGGUGGUGGAGUUGCAGGGGAAUGCGGAGGGGCGGGUCCGGGAGUAUCAAUGGAUGAGGGGGGUGGCGAGGAGGGUUUGGGGGGGUCGGGUGGGGGAGAGCGCGGGAGGGAAGGAGGAUGGGAUGAAGAGGGGUGAGAAGGGGAAUGUGUGA